UCUCUCGCUGCAGCUUAAACUUGACCUUAGAUCUCGAAGUUUUCUCCAUUUGAGCUCGAAGAAGAAUUUUGAUUGUCGCAUUUCUUGCAAGUUCUUGCUGAAUCGAUAUGGUCACUGCUUAUUGAUCUCUGAAUUUCGCCGUUGUUUGGUUCUGUGGAUGUUCGAUUUGGUCAUGUGAGGCGAGAGAAAACGACGAACCGAUCGGAUCGAAUGGCUUCGAUCCGGCGAACUCUCUCUCCGGCGUAUCGCGAUCGUCCAUCUCAGAACGGUGCUGCUCCGUUCUCGCCUCUGUCCGUCUCCUCGCCCUCUCAAAAGAGCUUCACCAAUGGCGGUGGUAACAAUAGUAGUAACAGUAGCAAACACAGUUCUUCGCAUUUAUUUUUUUUCCUCACCAGAUUUAUCGAAGCGGUUUUCGUCCCCAACAGCUCGCGACGGAGCGCAUGGCGGCGACCGUUUUACCGCUGCGUCGUGUUCUUCCUUCUGGGGUUUCUGUUGGGUAUGACGCCGUUCGGCGAAGUGAGCGACGUUCGUGUCACCGACCAGAUCAAGCCACCGUACAUUGAGGCCCGUACGGAUGGUGGGAAGGGAAGACGAGAAGAUUUGGCCGCCGACGCGGUGAGAUUCGGUGUUGAGACCGAAGUGAGUGGGAAGAUCUCGGGUAAUUUCGAUUUUGUGCCGAGGAAGCAAAUAAUCGUGGUGACUCCGACAAACAAUCGAGCGAUGCAGGCUUAUUACAUGAACAGGAUGGCCCAAACACUGAGACUGGUCCAGCCACCGGUGCUGUGGAUAGUCGUGGAGACAAACGCGGCGUCGUUCGAAACCGCGGAGAUACUGAGGAAGACGGGGGUUAUGUUCAGACACUUGGUUUGCAAGAAGACCAAGGCGAAUAUUACAGACAGAGGGGUUCACCAGAGGAACAUGGCCUUGGAGCAUAUCGAGUUGCACAAACUGGAUGGAAUUGUCUACUUCGCUGACGAUGAUAACGUAUACUCGCUUGAGCUGUUCGAAAACUUGAGACAAAUCAGCCGAUUUGGUACUUGGCCUGUUGCUAUGCUCUCACCGAGCAAAAACAAGGCCAUCCUCGAGGGUCCAGUAUGCAAUGGAAGUCAAGUAAUUGGAUGGCACACGAACGAGAAGAGUAAACGAAUUCAGAGGUUUCACACCGAUAUGUCGGGAUUCGCAUUUAACAGCACUAUACUCUGGGACCCGAAAAGAUGGAGAUGCCCUUUUCCAAGCCCAAUCCGUCUGUUAGACACGAUGGAGGAGGGAUUUCGAGAGACGACAUUUAUAGAGCAGGUGGUGGAAGACGAAAGCCAGAUGGAAGGCGUCCCACCCGAUUGCUCAAGGAUACUAAACUGGCAUCUCCACUUGGAUGCUCAGAGUGCUCCUUAUCCACAAGGCUAGCUUAUUUACAAGAUGAAAUUUGUUGGAACUUACCCGAAGAAAAAAAGCCGUUUUUUGCGACUUUGCAAACUAUAUAUUUUGACAGUGAUUGAUCCAAAAUAACCUUAGUUAUGGAUAUGUAUUGUCCAUAAUAUCUAUAGCAUUGAUUUAUUCUCUCGUUUUUUUGUCUCUUGCUUCUCUUUUCUUCCAAUGUAACCAUCGUUGGAUGCAGAUUUCUGAGUUUGGUGACAAAAUUAAUAAGGUACGUGACAAUAUGGCUGACGGUUUUCUCGGUUUUUCCAUAUGCACUAUACAUCAAUGUAUAGAGUUGCUGUAGCGACAGAAUCAUUGCCCGUAUCUGCAGGAUGAUUAGGUACAGUAACGUAGCACGAUGAUCAUUCUGCUGAAUGCUGAUACAACAAUGCUUCUAGGGAUCAUCCUGCGGCAUGAUCAUUCUGCCACUGACUUUUCCGAGCAACAGAUUCGGAGCAGGACGGCAAGACCCAGAGGGUAAAAUGGGUUCUUUGAUUGGUUUGGUGAUUUGAUUUCUCUGGUGAAUUGGGUUUUGGCUUAUUUUGGGGGUUUUUUUGUGUUGUUUUGUAUGUAAGAUGUAUUAGAGAUGGGAAGAUAUGUUUUGUUGGAGAAUUUUGUCACUUGAGAGAAGAAUUUAGUGUUCUUGGAUCAGAUUCUUAGCUUUCUCAACGGGUUUUGUUGGAGAA